CAACGUUGACGACAACACCUAACGGAAAUGGCACCCAGACCCCUCCUCCUCCUCACCACCCUCAGCCUCGCUCUCCCAGCCGCCGGUGCCCUUUUACUAUCAACCUACCUCUAUAACUACCCUCUCUCCGCCUCCAAAUCCCGCACCAUCAAAACCUCAAGUUCUCUCUCUCCUACAAGCUCUACUUCCCCAUCCCUCAAGAUAAUCAAUCCUCACGCCUACCCCCAAAACUCAUCUACCGAUUCCCGCCUCAUUAUCCUCUCGAAAUCAGAAAUUAGGAAUCUCACAGAUGAGGAAAUCUUAGCCAGGUUUCUAGGGGGUUUCUUUGGAGGAUGGAUUUUCAUGCCUGAGAAAGGGAUAAUUUCGCUGUUUCAAGUUUUUGGGAGGCCGAUGAUUACUGUGGGUUUCACUGGUGUUCCGAUGAAUGGGAAGCGGAUUUUGAGUCCGAGUGCACUUGAGAGGGAGAAGUUGCCUGAAAAGGGAACGGUUUUGCUUGGGGGGAAUUUCAUGGUUCUUGAUGCACAGCUAAAGGGAAGGGGGGAAGAGGACGGAGAAGGUUGGGAGGGCGAAGGAGGAGGGAGUUUUGUUGAGGUCGGGUUUGGGGAUGAUAGGAGGGGGUUUGCGGGGAUGCAUCGCUUUGAGGUUUUGAGGCUGUCGAACUCAACGGACGGGAAAGGGGAAGAGGUGGGGGGAGAGGAUGGGAGAGAGGGGGAGGAGGGAGGAGGCGUGCAGCUCUGGUAUUCAAGUAUUUCAUGUAAUCCGAGGGAGAACAAACUCCCGUUUCCGAAAUGGGUGUUCGGUUUUCAUGAGUUUUAUGCGCAGUGCUUGUUCAGGGAUGGGGUGAGAGAGGUGUUGAGAAAUUGAGUUGGAGAUAUAGGAAGGAAAGGAAGAGUUGGGGGUGUGUAAGAUAAAAGGAACUCUCUGCUAAAACUAAUUGUUAUAUUUUCAUGUUUGGAGA